AGAGAGUUGAGUUGCACAUGGUUAUGGUUUUGAAGGGCUCUCGCUUGACUCCGCCAUCGCCGCCGUCUCCGAACUGAAGCCCACCCAGCUACAACACCAACGCCAACACCACCAUCCCAAUCGGAUUGGGUUGAGAGCCAUUGCAACAACAUCCACAAGAACCCAAUUGGGUUGAGAGUAAAUUCGCGCCAGGGUUGGUUGGUUGGUUGGUUUCUCCUCCUCGACUUCUUCUUCUUCUUCUUCGUGUCACUUGCUACUCCUCAUCAUGUCGACAGUUCUGCGAGGAGGAGGAGGAGGACCCUGGCUGCUGCACCCUCUUCCCUGCAGUGUUGCUCACUCUCUGGAAAAGGCGAAGAAGAAGAAGCAGAAACAGAAGUGCAGCCAGGGAGCUGGGCUGCGGGUUGAAGCGGCUCCGCGGUGUCUAAGCCGCAAAUUAGCGCAUUGUCUUCGAGAUUGUGGUGGGUUCCCGUUGGUGAGAAUCCAGAAUGGGUGGGAUUCUGUGCAGCCGGCGCGUUCAAGGACUUUUGACGCUCUGGGAGCAAUUGCGGAGGGACGAGAGCAAGUUCAGAUGGAUCACGACAGAGAGCAGGAGGUGGAGAGGGCCAAAAUGGAUCUUCUUCGGGCGGUGAUAGAGACCAAAAGGGGUGUGCAGGUUACUGCAGAGCAACGUGCAGAUAUAGAAGAGGCACUGGUGGGCGUGGAGACGUUCAAUGCAGGAUCACCUUUACUGCUAGACCAGCUGCACGGGACGUGGUUAUUACAGUAUACGACCGCUCCUGAUGUUAUCUCAAUCUUACAAGCUGCUGAACAGCUCCCUUUGCUGCAGGUUGGACAAGUGUAUCAGAAUUUCGACUGCAGACGAAGAACGGACGGUGGAGUAGUUGAAAAUAUUGUGCGAUGGAGUGUGCCAGGACUUCUACAGGAGAAUGAGGGUGCAACUCUAAUAGUGACAGCGAAAUUCUCUGUGGCUAGUGCACGCAGUAUAGUUCUUCAAUUUGAAGAGGCGAGGGUAAGUGAGGUUGAGAUAAGUGAAGUUUUGGAAUCGUUCAUUGCUCCGGCACUUCUACCUCGCACAUUUAUCAACUUACAGAUUUUGCAGUUUUUACGCGGUCUAGAUCUACGAUUUCCUCUUGCCCGAGGAUCGCAAGGGCUACAGACUCUGCCUGAAAAUUCCAGAAGGGCUCCUAUUGGAUUAUGGUACAACCUGACAUUUUUGGACAACAACAUGCUUGUGGGGCGGGCUCUUGGCAAUGGGGGUAUCUUUAUCUUCAGCCGGACUCAAGCCCGUCCUAAAUCCGUGUGAGAUUACUUUAACCAAGUCCACCAAGUAAGUAGAACAUAGAAAGUGCAUGAUUUCUUUCAAUGUUUUCUUCUGUAACGCUGGAAUAAGAUGCUGUAAAGUACUUGUUUUGCUCAUAGUAAUUUGAAACCUCGCUCUGUUCUCUACUAGGCAAUGGCUAGGUAACCUAUGGCGUGUAUUUCUGAUUAAAGACCUCUUCAAAUUACAUAUGCCAGGGUCUAAACUUUGAUUGUAGAUGAACACACACACUCACACUCAACAUGACGUAUGUGUCGUGAAGUGAGCAACAUUUUCAAUCAAAUGUAGAAGGUGCCUAGUAUUCAGUUAAUCACAUCUUUCUCUGCAAUUUUUUACCCUA